UAGAUCACGUGACUAGCAGUGCAAGUGCGUAAAUACAUACUCCUGCCCUUUAGUAUAAUACAUUAGUCUUAGACAGUUUUACUAUCGGAGGGUCAGUGUCCUCUUGUUAUUGUGGCUGAUUGCUUGUAUUGGCGACCGUUAUAGUGUACAGGUGUGACAAAGAUGACAGAGAAACCGGAGGAAACGCCCCUUACAUAUCCGCCAGCCGGCGGUGAACUAGGCGGUCAGCAGCCACCACCGCCACAAUAUCCCCAACAGCCUCCACCCGCCCAAUAUCCCCAACAGCCUCCACCCGCCCAAUACCCUCAACAACCACCACCCCAGUAUCUACAAGGUCCUCCGCCGCCGCAGGGAUACGUUCAAGCUCCAGUUGGUCAACAAAUGGGCACGACUGUGGUCGUUGGAGCCGGACCUAACGUGACCACAGUUCAUUCCCCUCGUUACCGUGACUACCCGGUUCAAGUGCAGUGUCCCUCAUGCCAACAAGUGGUUUCCACUCAAACAUCUUACGUCACCGGCCUCUUUACCUGGAUGGUUGCUGGUAUCAUCUGCGUGUUUGGCGGUUGGCUUGGCUGUUUCCUGAUACCUCUGUUUCUGGAUGUCUGCAAAGACGUGGAGCAUACGUGUCCCAACUGUAAAACGCUGGUCGGAAAAUUUGAUCGCCUCUCUUAACUCAGGCACAGCUAUUUACCGCGGCAGCGGAUACACGAUAUAUUGAUACAGUCAUAUUUGUCCAUUGUAUUAUGUAGUAAUGUUGUCGACCCAAAGUCACAGUUCACUCUCUGCAAUUGGGCAUCAGUAGGUAGUGCACGUCUGGAGCCACAUUCGUGGGUUGCUUGGACACGUAUAUUGUUUUAAAUGAUAUCCAGCUCAAAGUUUUACUUAAACGUCGGACACAUAUUUUUAAGCCUUUCUACUUUUGACUUGGCCACACGUCGAACAAAUUGGUCUCAGCGGCUACGGAUGCUAUUUGAGGCGUCACUUUCUUAUCGAUUACAGAUUUGCAUUUAUUUAAUUUUACUAUAGUUUUAUAAAUUAACCAAUAAUCAGACGACCCUAGGCAUUGGAGGGGAACAUGACUAGUAGGGAAGUGGGAGGCAUUGUAAGGAUAGAAUGGGUAGACGGCAUUCUGUUGGUAGUUAAUAGUUGGGUGAUCUUGGGUAUUCGGUAGGGUGGGAUGAUGGGUAUUGGGUGACUGUGCAGUGAGUAUUUGCACUUUUUGUAAACGAUUCUGAAUUGUUUUUAUUAAACAGCAUCGAUGUUAAUAAAAUGAAUCUUCCUCGUUU